UCCUGACGAUGAGUUAAUAAUUAAUUCAGUGUGUGUCUUGUUUAUUUUGGAACAUACACACACACACACACAGUGACAGACCAUAUAAAAAUGAACGGGGCUGACACACAGUUGUAGUGUGAGCAGAGGGACACACACACACACACACACACUCUCCUCUCUGCUCCACGCGUGCAGCCUGGACUCAGACCAGCUUGAACUUCAGAGUUCUGUGUGUUCUGGUGUGUGCGCAGCUCUGAGUCCAGCUCACAGAACUUCCUCAGAACCAGAGUCCAGUACCGCACCGUGGUCCGGACCGCAGGCUGCAGUUCUGCGUCUCUUUGUGUUUUCUCUCCUGUUGGACCGGAGACUUUGGAGCACGACCCGCGGGACACAUGCCGGGGUGUGUGGCUUUCUUGGCCGCCUUUGCAGUGCUCUCGGCCGGGCUCAGGAGCUCCGUGGCCGCGGUGGAGAUGCGGAGCUCCGCGGUGCCCGCCGUGGAGAGGACGGCGGCGGGACGGAACAGCUCCGAGGACCGGGACGGAACCGGCUGCUCGGACCGCUGUCGGUGCGAGGUGGACGGGCUGCUGCACCGGGUCGACUGCUCGGACCUGGGGCUCCGGGAGGUUCCGAGCAACCUGAGCGUGUUCACAUCGUACCUCGACCUCAGUAUGAAUAAUCUGACUGUGUUGCCCAGUGGAGCUCUGACCAACCUGCACUUCCUGGAGGAGCUGCGUUUGGCAGGAAACGAUCUGUCAUUCAUCCCCAGAGGAGCGUUCACCGGCCUCUACAACCUCAAAGUGCUGAUGCUGCAGAACAACCAGCUGAGGUCGGUUCCUGCUGAGGCCUUCAACAACCUGCACAACCUGCAGUCACUACGUCUGGACGCCAAUCACAUCUCCAGCGUUCCCAUUGGCUGUUUCUCCGGCCUGCGCUCUCUCCGUCACCUGUGGUUGGACGAUAACUCUCUGGCGGAGGUGCCGGUGGAGGCGCUGAGCGAGCUGCCCGCCCUGCAGGCCAUGACGCUCGCUCUCAACCACAUCAGCCACGUCCCGGAUAACGCCUUCAGCAGGCUGGGCCGCCUGGUGGUGCUGCAUCUCAACAACAAUAGGAUCGUUUCCAUGGGAACGGACUGCUUCCACGGCCUCCACAGUUUGGAGACGCUGGAUUUGAACUACAACAGUCUGGUGGAGUUUCCGACGGCCGUCCGUUCGCUCGGCCACCUCAAAGAACUUGGUUUCCAUAGUAACAACAUCCAGUCGAUCCCGGAGCACGCCUUCACCGGGAACCCCUCCCUCAUCACCAUAUUUUUCUACGACAACCCGAUCCAGUCCGUCGGACGAUCUGCCUUCCAGAACCUACCAGAGCUGCGAACACUCUCUCUGAACGGAGCCACAGAUCUCACCGAGUUUCCAGAUCUGACAGGAACCAAGAGCCUGGAGAGCCUGACUAUCACAGGAGCUCGGAUCACCUCUCUGCCCGGUUCAGUGUGUGAACAGCUUCAAAACCUUCAGCUGCUUGAUCUCUCCUAUAAUCACAUCCGGACUCUUCCCAGUUUCUCCGGCUGUGAGAGCGUUCAGAAGAUUGAUCUGCACCAUAACGAGAUUGAGGAACUGGAGGAGAACACCUUCCACGGUCUGAUGUCACUGCGCUCUCUUGACUUAUCGUGGAACCGGUUGUCGUCAGUGAGGUCGAACUCUUUCUCUGCUCUGCCCGCUCUGACCAAACUUGACCUCUCGUCCAAUCAGCUGUCGUCUCUGCCUCUGAUUGGCCUGCAGAGUUUAACUCACCUGCGACUGGCUGGAAACGCAGAGCUGAUGGAGUUGAUACCCCGAGAGGACCUGCCCAGAGUCAGGGUGAUGGAGCUUCCCUACGCCUUCCAGUGCUGCGCCUUCGUCUCCUGUGAGAGGAGAGGAGGAGGAGGAGGAGGAGGAGGAGGAGGAGCUUCAUCCUGGGAGAGAGAGGAGGCAGCAGACUCUACAGGGAGGGAAAACUCCGUCCUCUCCAGUCAAGUCGAUCAGGACUGGGAGGAUUUUCUGCUGGAGUUUGAAGAUGAACCCAAACUUCAACACUCGGUCCACUGCAGCCCGGCGCCAGGUCCGUUCCGCCCGUGCCUCCACCUGCUCGGCAGCUGGUUGAUCCGUGGAGGGGUGUGGCUCAUCGCAGCGCUCUCAUUGGUCAGCAACAGCCUGGUCGUCCUGUCGGUUUUCUUUUCUUCAGCCUCCUCCGUGACGCCACCCAAGCUGCUGAUUGGUCUGCUGGCUCUGGUGAACGGCCUGAUGGGAGUGUGGAGUGGCUGGUUGGCGGCGGUGGAUGCGUGGACAUAUGGAAGCUUCUGGAGGUACGGGGCGAGGUGGGAGAGCAGCUUCCUGUGUCGACUCAGCGGCUUCCUGUGUGUAUUUGCGUCGCAGACCAGCCUCUUCCUGCUCACCGUCGCAGCUCUGGAGCGAUGCCUCGCCGCCGCCACACGCCGCCACAAAGCUGACGGACACAACGGUCGCCCCUCGUCGCCGCUGUCCGUCCAUCUCGCCGUUUGUCUGUGUUUCCUGCUGGGCCUCGCCGUCACGCUGCCCCCCCUGGUGGCCGGACACAGCAGCACCUCCCUCUGUCUGCCGCUGCCUUCCUCCUCCUCCUCCUCCUCCUCCUCCUCGCUGGCCUUCACGGUCUCCCUCGUGCUCCUCGACUCGCUGUGUUUCCUCCUGAUGACGGUCGCCUACACUCGCCUCUACUGUCGCGCCAACAAAGCUCCUCCUGCCGCUGAAGAGGAGGUGGCGUUGACUCGACAUGUCGCCUGGCUGCUCUUCUCUGACUGCCUCCUCUACCUCCCCGUCGCCUUCCUCUCCUUCUCCUCCCUGCUGCGUCUCCCCGCCGCCGGCCCAGAGGCAGCGAAGGGGGUUCUGCUGCUGGUGGCGCCGCUGCCGGCCUGCGUCAACCCGCUGCUCUACAUCCUCUUCAACCCGCUCGCACGGCAAGAGCUCGCUGCGCUCGCCAAACGCACCUGCGGGGCCGCGGGGGUGACCAGACUCGGCAGAGGAGGAGGAGGAGAAGGAGGAGGAGGAAGGUCGAAGCUGAACAUGAUGGAUUCAACGUACGAUGAGGACGCAGAGAAACAGUCGUGUGACUCGACGCAGGCGCUGGUGGCCGUCGGAGCCACGAAGGAGGAAGAGGAGGAGACAAGAGGAGGAGGAAGGAGUGAGAGGCGACACUCAGUGGCGUUUGUUGUUCCUCAUCAUUAGACUGACACACACACACACACACACACACACACACACACACAGACACACACACACACACACACACACACACACACACACACACACACACACACACACACACACAGAGGCUUUGUGAGCAGUCAGCAGCUUUUAUUUUGAAAUACGACACGAUUUACAGCAUCGUAUUACCAACCAUACAACCAAAUGUUCCACCAAACGCUGCUGAGCAUUGUGUGUGUGUGUGUGUGUGUGUGUGUGUGUGUGUGUGUGUGUGUGUGUGUCCACAGCGAAUAUGUUUUUGCGAGUGUGUGUGAAAUCUGCAGCGUCUGUGUGAGUUUUGUCACAGAGUUGAUCCCAGAAACUGAGAACAGGAAUCGGAGGACAAACAGGAGCAGCUCGUGUUCUCGCUGCUGAACGACGUCCAGAAGCUCGUCGUCUUUAUCUGUGAUAUCGAUAAAGUUUUCUCUUUCCCAUGAAAACAUCAAAACUCAACAUUAAUUGGAGGGUUUUCUGCUGAAUACUUGUGUUUAUCUCUCAAGAGUUUCUGAAUUGUGCAUCGCAGACGUCGACACAGGAAGUAUUCAGACAUCACAAGACUCCAGCGUGCUGAUAAAAUACCAGCCGCCAACUGAAAAUACGUCUUUUAUCUCAGUUUCAUACAUAAAACAUAAAACGGUGCCUCUCAAAAACUGUAGAUGAAACAAACGAUGAGCUGAACUUCAUGAAAUUAAAACUUGUUUUCUGACCCAAAAAUGAAGCAACAGAACACGAAAACAUUUUCAUGUUUUUCCAGCUGUUAAAGACUAAGUGUGUGUGUGUGUGUGUGUGUGUGUGUGUGUGUGUGUGUGUGUACAGUAAAUGUGUACAUAUUGUUGUAAAUACAAGCUACUGUGACAAUCCUGUUUCUAUUGUUAGCCUGUGAGAACUGUGUUUGACAUCAGAUCGAAUCCAGAUCCGGUUUUAUUUACAGAACGUCUCCAUGAGUUGGACGACGGAUCCGUCUCAGACGUCCCGUGUUCAGAGGUCCAGAGUGCGGCGCCUUCACAUUGUUGACGUCAUGAAGCAGUUGGAAGUAAUGAGUUUUUUCCAGUCACGCCUCCAGGAAGAGCGGCAGGUGUCGUGAGCGGUCAAACUGUAAUUACAGCGACACGAGGUCCCUUUGCACUGUCAGCUAACAUCGUGUCAGAAGUGUUAAAACAGUGUUUCUGUGAAAGUUAGCUGGGCGCUAAACAGGAAGUUAGCCAGCUGAAGUCGGCCGCACAACACAGAUUAUCUGGGUAAUUUUACUCUUAAAUAUCCUGUUUGUUCUCUUGAGGUCAGACACAUGAAACGACUCAGAGUGACGGCUGGUCUCAACACGCUCUCUGUGUUUUAGUUGUUUUUGUUGUUGUAAAAAUGUAAAAGUUUGUCUCCUGCACGAGUCUGACGAGCAUGAGAGCAAAAAAACAAAAUCAAAUAAAAUCUUAGCUCAGGGUCGACUUACUGGUGCAGCUGUCAGCCACAUCUCACAGCCCUCAUCAGAGUCUGCAGCGACUGGUCCGUCUCCAUGACGACUGAGCAAACCACAGCCAAUGAGGAAGACGUGUGAUGUCAUAGAAAGCUCCGGAAAAAGUAGAUUUUGAAAUAAGAUUUUUUUUUAAUUUGGAUAAAACAUUUUGGUGAAUUUGUGUUUGUACUUUUUUUUUUUUGUACCGUGCUGCAUUUUGAAUUCGUUAUAUAUCGGUUGUCAGGGGGAGGGGCCUGUUUUUAUGGCCCCGCCCACAUCAGCAGCCAUGGAAACAUGAAAUAAAUGAAAGCAUUGAUUGUUUGAGUGUCCGCCGUGUGUGACAGUUUUUCGAUCAGCACUUGAAAAUCUCUACAAGUAAAAAACACAAGAAGCUCUUUUGAAGCUGUAACGACUCGUUUUCUCUCCGUGUUGUAAACUUUUGUAAAAUAUUUGAAUGUUUUCUGUUAUUUCAGCUUCCAGAGUUUGUGAUGUAAAUAAAACAACGACGUGGCUGUAACUGCU